AUGGGCGGGAUGUUUUUUGGUUUGGAGAACAAUCCACAAGUAAGAGUGUUGCUGGAUAAAACUCCUUACUACAUCAAGACUAGAUGGUUAUACUUCGCUUUCAUCUUAUUCAUCUUUUGGUUCAGGGUAAUAAAAAAUGCCAGCCACUUCGUUAUCGUAUAUAUGCACUCUGUAUUCAUACUGUCACUCCUCCUCCAGUUUUUAACACCAUUAAACUUCGAGGAGUUAUGUGAACGACAUUCAUCGACGAAAAGCGGUUUAAUUUUACCAGUUACUUAUGAAGAUGUAACGGAGUUUGAGGCAAAUAGUAACAAUUUUGAAUUGCCCACAUCGGGUAACAAUUCUAAUUCUGGGAAUGACGAAUUUAAGCCGUUUCUGCGCAAAAUGAAUGAGUUCCACUUUUGGCUAUACGGGACGCACGCCACACAUCUCGCCAUAUUCACUACUUUCUUUAGUGCUUUUGAUUUGCCAGUAUUUUGGCCAUUGUUAGUAUUAUAUUUUGUAUGUUUGUUCAUAUCAACCAUGAAGAACCAGAUAUCUAACAUGAUUAAAUAUAAAUAUAUCCCAAUAACACUGUCAAAGCAGUCUUACAGCAACGAUAGGUCCAGGACUAUGAGGAUAUAA